AUGGCUUUUACAGAUGAUGCCGUCAAGGCGAAGCUAUCGGCGCUCAAUGAGACGCAGGAGAGCAUCGUUACUGUCGCUCAGUGGGUCAUGUUCCACAGGCGCCAUGCCGAACGGACUGCUCAGAUCUGGCUCAGCAAGAUUCGCGACUCCCCGCCUCAAAGGCGCCUGAAUUUGAUCUACCUUGCCAAUGAGGUCGCCCAGCAAUCCAAAGCUCGCGGAAAAGACGACUUCCUCAUCGCAUUUUCUCCCAUCAUCGUGGAGGCUACGUCAGCGGCUUACAAGGGCUCGUCGGCCGAUUACCAACAGCGAAUUCGUCGAGUCAUUGAAGUGUGGAGACAGCGCAGUGUCUUCGAGGGUCCCAUUCUCGAUGCUGUGGAAUCUCGCGUAGAUGAAAUUGAUAAAGGUCGCUCUACCGCGAAGAAACAGACAUUGGGCGGCUCAUUCUUCAAAGACCCUUCCUCCGGCUCAACUCCAUCCGAAUUGCAACCUCUUGUUCCACUGCAAGUUGCUCUCAGCAAAGCCGCCGUCAGCGCUGGUUCUUCCAAUACAACCGCGACUGCGGAGUUCGAUAAGCUACACGACCCCAAUGACGCCCAGCCGACUUUGCCUGUCCACGCAGCACGAUUGAGUCAACUUUUGAAAUCGCUCGCCAAUGCAGAGAACUCGGUCUCCGAGGUCAUCAAGUCACGACGUGCCUUGAUCGAUGGACUGGAGAAGAUGCUCCAGACAAACCGCGCCGAAUUGUCUAAGGAGGAAAACAUUGCUGCAGACCUCACAAAGAAGAAGGCUUCGGCCGAUGCUAAGAAACAUGAAGUUGAAGACGCGAUCAUGCGCGGACUGGCCAAUGAAGAUACCUCUACCAGUCCCGAUAACGGGGCAAACGAUGGAUCUGCUCGUCCAGAGGUUGAGGCCCUAACGCCUCCCCCGGUCGAGGCUAUAACGCCAGUUGGCUCCCCUCAGCCCGAAAAACAAGGGAUCCGUCGUGGUCCCUUUACCGAAGAGGCCGACGAUGACGCUCCAGGAUGGGCUAACAUGGGCUCAAUGCCCGACAUGGGCGAAACUGCCACCGAUGGACCAUCUUUACCCGUUGGAAAUGGAAAUGGUAAUGACUUCGAUGUGGCCAAUGGACCAAAGAGGCGCAAGAUCUCUCACGGUGAAGAAGAUUAUGCGGCUUUCGCCGGCGGCGAUCUGGAUCCUGACUUGGCUGCUUUGCUCAAUCAGGCCAAGCAGUAG